UCGCUGCGCCGGAAGUGACGCGGUCGCCGAGGAGACGGAGUCGCACGUGUGGCCCAGCAAGGAAAAACAUGGACGUUUGGUAUCAUCAUCCACCGCCGCCGCCGCCGCCUCAGUUUCCAGCCUGGGGCGCCGCCGGGCACUGGCCGCCGGGACGCCCCGGGCCCUGGCACUGGGCCCCGCCCCAGCCCCCUCCGCCACGCCCAGGCAGGCAUCCUCAUUUUGGUGAAGACUGGCAGGUGAAACAAACCGGAUUGCCACAAGCUGGAGCCUGUCAAGGCAGGAAACACAAACAGAAGAACAAGAAGAGAAAAGAACCUGUUUUUACCCAUUACUGCGAUACGUGCGACCGUGGCUUUAAAAACAAGGAGAAAUAUGAGGAACACACCGCUCAGCACAAGCAGUGCACUGAAGAGGGCUGUAACUUUAGAGCACAUGAGAAACUGGUUCAGAUCCAUUGGAGAAAUAUGCAUUCUCCUGGUGCCAAGAGGAUCAAACUAGAUACGCCAGAUGAAAUUGCAAAGUGGAGAGAAGAGAGGAAAAAAAAUUUCCCGACUUUGGCAAAUAUUGAAAAGAAGAAAGCGUUAAAGGUGGAAAAAGAAUGUCGGGGAGAAGUGCUGACAACUUUACAAUUUGGCAAGAUGAAGGGAAUGUGGAAACCUCCAAACGAAGGUUCUAGGCAGCAAGGAAACGCACAACGGAGAACAAAUUGGCGCGGGAAUAAAUCUAGGAACGUUGCUAACAACAAAGGUGUCCCACUGAACGCUUCGACUGGGACCAGUUCAGACAACCAUGAAGCUGAGGAGAAACUUAGAAGAAAACCUUGCGAAGAUGCAGAAAACUCCAUGACGGAUAAAGACCCCCUGAGCCUUCUGGCCAGCAGCGAUCCUGAAUCCGACAAAGAGGCGGGAACUCCCAAAGAUCAAGCUUUGGAGGCUACUGUGGUUCCGAAACAGCUGACCUCGGCCCUCAGCUCGCUGGUGGUGAACUACGGCAGCUUGUCCGAAAGCGAGAGUGAACAGGACGAGCCCACCGCUCCCAUAGCAAAGACCGUAACUGAAAACGAUGACGCCAUUCUCAGAACGAUCCCUCAGUCUUCGCAUAGCACUCAAAGCCGCGAGCACGAGACUCACCAAGAGACUCUCUCUAAGCCACGUAACGUGGCCACCUCAGGGAGAUCAAAAUCACACUCAAGGAACACGAGGAAUCAGAAAAGGCAGAAGAAAAUGUUCCCAGCAUUGCAAGCUCAUCAUCCGACUUUGCUAGAAAUGCUUCUAGCAAAGGACAUUCGGCACGAAAGGAACGUGAUCCUGCAGUGUAUCCGCUAUAUCUUGCAGAACGACGGCCUGGGAUUUCAUUUAGGAGGUCAUUCAGACGCUCCAUCGGACAGCCAGCCAACUCCUGAGCACGUACAGAGGUCUGCGGCGGAUGAACCUCGCCAAUUAACCAACCCUCUCAACUUUGACCCGAACAAAACACGACAGCACGAAGUAUUUCGAAGCGAGGAAGUCUCUGCAUUUCCUGCUGUGGAUGAAGAUAUUUGGGAAUCUACAGAGACCAAUUCUGAAGACAACUAAUCUCUCUCUUGGGUUUUUUUAACCUAUGCGUGGGUGACCAUUAUCCAUCCAUCUUUGGGUGCUUGCGGAAACUCCUCAGACUGUCCAUCGCACCCAAAGGAUUUGCCUACGUUUAAAUUAACUCUUUUUGAUGAACAACUAAAACUCAGCUAGGCCUUGUGACGUUAACGAUCUUGCAAUAUUGUCCUUCAGGGAUUCAUUUUUUACUUACUGUUAAGUGUGAAUAAAAAUCAUAUUAAUUCUGUUUUA